GAGGAGCCCGUCCCCACCAGCAGCCAGGAUGGGGGAGUUCAGUGAGAAGGCGACAUGCGGAACUGUUUGCCUCAAGUACCUGCUCUUCACCUUCAACUGCUGCUUCUGGCUGGCCGGCCUGGCCGUCAUGGCGGUGGGUAUCUGGACGCUGGCCCUCAAGAGUGACUACAUCAGCUUGCUGGCCUCGGGCACCUACCUGGCCACAGCCUACAUCCUGGUGGCGGCUGGCGUCGUUGUCAUGGUGACCGGUGUUCUGGGCUGCUGUGCCACCUUCAAGGAACGGCGGAACCUGCUGCGCCUGUACUUCAUCUUGCUCCUUAUCAUCUUUCUGCUGGAGAUCAUUGCUGGCGUCCUGGCCUACAUCUAUUACCAGCAGCUGAACACCGAGCUCAAGGAGAACUUGAAGGACACCAUGACCAAGCAGUACCGCCAGCCAGGCCAUGAGGGUGUGACCAGUGCUGUGGACAGGCUGCAACAGGAGUUCCACUGCUGUGGCAGCAACAACUCCCAGGACUGGCGGGACAGCGAGUGGAUCCGCUCUGGCCAGGCAGGUGGCCGCGUGGUUCCCGACAGCUGCUGCAAGACCGUGGUGCCAGGCUGUGGGCAGCGGGACCAUGCCUCCAACAUCUACAAGGUGGAGGGCGGCUGCAUCACCAAGCUGGAGACCUUCAUCCAGGAGCACCUGAGGGUCAUCGGGGCAGUGGGCGUUGGCAUUGCCUGCGUGCAGGUCUUGGGCAUGGCCUUCACGUGCUGCCUGUACAAGAGCCUGAAGCUGGAGCACUACUGAGCACACGGUCCCGCCGGCCACAG